UGGUUCAUUUCUCAUUGUUUGGUUUUGAUUAAAUUCUUCACCCCUUUAGGAAGAGAAAAUGGCUGGAGCAAUGAAAAGCAAAAUAAAAUACAGAACUCCCCUUAUUUGAUUUAGCUGUAAUAUCCAAGGUUACCAAUGACUUCUCUUCCCACAAUAAGCUAGGAGAAGAUGGCUUUGGGCCUGUAUACAAGAUGGAAAAGAAAUUGCUGUGAAGAGGUCCUCAAAAAGCUCUAGACAAGGAUUAGUUGAGUUCAAGAAUAACGUAGCACUUAUAGCCAAACUUCAACAUUGGAAUCUUGUAAAGCUUCUAGGAUGCUGCAUUCAAGGGGAGGAGAAAAUGCUGAUUUAUGAAUAUAUAUAUAUAUAUAUAUAUUUUGAACAUCUGAUUUAUGAAUAUAUGCCCAGUAAAAGUUUGGACUUCUUCAUUUUUGGUUCAGAUUCCUUUGAAACACAGUCCAUUAAAUUUGUAGUAGUAUAAAUUUAAUACAAUUUGUUUCCAUAUUUCAAUGCAACUAUCUGUUUCAAAAACUCUAGUUGAAGACUACAUUAAUACGAAGAUCAUGUUUCAUGAUAGAUGAUACAAGGAGCAAAUUAUUAAGACUGGUCAAGACGUUUUCACAUUAUUUGGGGAAUUGCUAAAGGGCUUGUCUAUCUGCAUGAAGAUUCUCACUUGAGGAUUAUGCAUAGAGAUCUCAAAGCAAGCAAUGUUUAGCUUGAUAGUGAAAUGACCCCCAAAAUUUCUGACUUCGGCAUGGCUAGAACAUUUGGAGAACAGUCCGAGGGAAGCACAAAGAGAGUGGUUGGAACCUAUGGUUAUAUGGCACUAAAAUAUGCCAUUUAUGGGCAAUUCUCAGUAAAAUCUGAUGUUUUCAGCUUUGGUGUGCUGUUGUGGGAGAUGAUAAGUGGGAAGAAGAAUAGAGGGUUUAACCAUCUCAAGCCUCGCCUUAAUAUUGUUGGACAUGUAAGUAUCAAGCUUCAAACCAUACUUUCUUUCCUUCCUUGACCUGAAAAUUGACUUGAAAAAUUACUUGAAAAAUGACUGACAGUUUAUAAUUUGUAUAUAGGCAUGGAUAUUGUGGAAAGAAGGAAAUCCUUUAGAACUGAUUGAUUUGUUUGUACAAGAGUCUUGCACUCUGUCUUAAGUAUUAAGAUGCACCCACAUUAUUCUCUUAU